AUGCGAGAGAGCAAUGACAGUAGCAGUGGAGAUUCGCUAGCUGCCUGCGUCAAAAACCUUCUGAGGAAUCCUUCUUCCUCAGAGCCUCUAGGCAGUGACGCUGAUGUCCCAGCAGGCUUCCAGAGCAUGUUGUUUAAAGCUGAUGUAGCUGGAAUCAAGGCAGGAGGCAUGCGAGAGAGCGAUGACAGUAGCAGUGGCGAUUCUCUGGCUGCCCAUGUCAAAAACCUUCUGAGGAAUCCUUCUUCCUCACAGCCUCUAGGCAGUGACACCGAUGUCCCAGCAGGCUUCCAGAGCGUGUUGUCUAAAGCUAGUGUAGCUGAAAGCAAGGCAGGAGGCAUGCGGGAGAGUGACAGUAGCAGUGGUGAUUCUCUAGCUGCCCGUGUCAAAAACCUUCUGAGGAAUCCUUCUUCCUCAGAGCCUCUAGGCAGUGACACCGAUGUCCCAGCAGGCUUCCAGAGCGUGUUGUCUAAAGCUAGUGCAGCCAGAAGCAAGGCAGGAGACAUGCGAGAAAGCGAUGACAGUAGCAGUGGCGAUUCGCUAGCUGCCCGUGUCAAAAACCUUCUGAGAAAUGGAUCGCCUGUGAUACAUGCAACACAAAUUCUGAAGAGUGCAGAUGAAGAGGAGAGGAAAGCACGAGCGUGGGUGAAGCUAAAACUGGCCAGCCGAUCUCAAGAAUCUGUGUCAGACUUGAAGGAAGAGGACCAACGAAGAAUAGAGGAAAUAAAGGCAGAGCUGCUUCUGAGUGCCAAGAAAUCUGCACUAGCCAAGGACCCAUGGGUAUGUGGUUUGGAAGCUGCUUCUGAGUAUAGCCAUAAUCAGGAACAGGACAUAGAGCAUUUCAAAACUCCGAGUGACAAAAGAUUUCAAACUGACAAACACACACGAGCUGUCAGCACUAAGGAGCUUUUAAAGUCAAGCCUACGACAAGCUGUGCCAUUAUACAGAGCUGAUCCUUCCGAUUGUUGCCUGCUGAAGGAUACGCAGUUUAAAUCUUUGAGUACCAUUCGAACACCUAUCUGCAACCGACAUCAAACAGUUGCAACUAGUCAUUCUGAUGCCGUUGUUGAACUUCAUCCACCAUUGCAGAAGGAAUGGGACACAUGCGCAAUGAGGUCUGCAGCUGCUUCCGAUAUACAAACAGAAGUCUAUUUACCAGCUCAGAAGAAGCUGUCUGUGGAAAAGUGUUCUGAAGAUACGGCUAAGCAAAUUACUUCUAUCACCUUUUCAUCCCAAAAACGUUUGCAGUUACCAUUAACUUCCAUGGCGCUCAGCACUAGUCUUGGUAGAGAUGGUCUUGAUGGGAUAAUGCCUUUGGAGGUUGACUCUGCUAGCACUGAGGAACAGAGCCAUGACAAACAGCACUGGGAAGGAUAUAAGACCUGUCCUCUAAGUCCAGUGCUUGCUGGCUCAGUGUCUAAUGAGAUUGCUUUUACUGCUGAGAGAGACAGGUUUCAUUAUGUCUCUGCUGACAGUAACAGAGUUGGAGCUUAUCAAGAAACAGACUGUUUGUCAGAUCAGGAUUCUGUAAGCAUCCAUGCUGAUAAAAGACAGACCCUUAGUGCAAAAAAUUCUGAUGUUCUGCCUCAAGAUGUGACUGAGUUGGGCAGGCAUAGUGCCAGACUCGUGGGGCUUGACUGCAGUACAAGAUUCAGUCAAGAAACGAAUAGAUUUGAUGAACCCCAUUCUGUAACCUCUUACCAGCAGGAGAAAAGCAGCCCACCUGGCCACGUCCAGUUGUAUGAGAGCUUAGAAUGUUCAGCUGUACAAACUGAUUUGCUGAAGGGCCGUAUUAAUUUGUUGGCAGAAGAAAACAAAAGUCCUUCUGAUGAAUUACCUCUCACUCAGAAAGAGGUUGCGAGAGAGCAAAUCGAUACGUCUCACCAUUCAUCUACGGAUGAGGUUUUAUCCACCACGUCUGUAUGUCCUUCAUCACCAACUAAGAAAGUACUGUCUUGUGUCCACGUAACUCUUUCCUCGAAGUGUAAUAACUCAGAGCUGCAUAGUGACUUGAACACUCCAAAUGAGAAGAGAUCGUGGGAUAAACCUGAAGUUAAUACUCAACCUGUGUCUUUAAAAACUCCAGCAACUUUAAUAGAAGCUGUUUCUAAAUUAUCAGCUGCUGACCUUAUUCCAGAAGAUCAAAGAUCUUCAUCUUUCCCAAUGCCAGUGUCUUCAGCAGAUCCCUGCCUAGUGCUUUCCCCUGUUACAAGCAUAGUGGGGCAAGAGCUGCCUCUGCAAAGCAGUGAGAGACCACAAGUUACUGUUCUGGGUUCAGGGGGGUGUAAUCUGAAGAAUAUCUUCAACUCUGUAGUUCCUGCAAAAACUGGGAAAAGUACUUCUGAUGCUGCCACUCAGAUAACAACAGAAAGUCCUGAAAAAACAACCUUUUCAGCAGAAAUUUAUGUUAAUUCACAAGACGGUGAAAAUGCUGUCCACCAGUCGUCUCUCCAGAAAGCACAUGAACUUCCCAACAAUACAACUUCAUCUCUUAACAAGAUUUCCUCUUUCCCAAGGCAGGGUGAUCAGCCGUUAUUGCUGCCGUAUAAACCUUCUGGAAGUACUGGGAUGUAUUAUGUUCCUUAUCUAAAGGCAGGAUCCAAAAUUUCUCCAGUUGGGUCAGAAACCAGUGCUGAGAGCUCUCACUCAGGGUCAAAUGAUGCUCUUCCUCCAAGGUUUCCGGCAAACAUGCUUGCUUUAAGGGAUGAUAACCCUCCAGACAGUACAGCUAUCAAGCACAAAGAAGGAAUUUACAGUAAGAGGGCUAAGCCCAAGAUAGCCUGGGCUGAGGAGCAAAUGAUACCGCUGGAAGCUUUCCCAGAACGCACAGAUCAUUCGAAGUCUGUAAAAACCACUCAUUCGGUCUUCAAAUCUGCACGGUUCUACCUUCAUCGUCCAAUGCCCGUGUGCGAGAGCUACUUCCUGUCUGACAGCUCGCUGUCAGAAGGCAGUUCUGGCAUUAGACGUGCUAGACCUUCCUCAGGGCCUGUCUUGCAGAAUCGGAAAAAAGCACAUCGUCAUCAAUGUGGUUUCUCUGUUUGUCAUAAAAAAGGUGGUGAAAAUGAAUUCUUUCCACUCACUGCAGAAGCAGAUUACAGCAAGAAUGAGGAUCUAAGUGUUAGUUUGGGGAGUGAAACGUCCGGGAAGGAGCUACUUCAACAUGGCAGAAGAGAAGCAGAACAAAAGGCAGCUAGAAAUUAUCCUGUGCCGUGUAGCCAAACAACUCCCCUUAAUGAGACUGUGGAGAAAGACCUGCCACCGAGACAGAGAACCCACUCCAGGGGUAGAUUAGAUGAACUCUGGAUUAAGUUUUUGGAGUGCCAGAAGAGACACCAGCACCAUGAUUGUAGGAGUAACGGUGAGCUGUCCCUUGUUGAACGCCUCGAUCGAUUGGCCAGGGUCCUUCAGAAUCCCAUUAAGCAUACACUGAUACCAACAAAAUCUGAAAAGAAUGUUUCUGAAAAGAAAACUAAGGGAAGAGAGCAGAAGAAAAUAAGACUGCCAGAAAAGAGCAUGUCUGAAAGUACCUUAAAGCCUAAUGCAACACAUGUUGAAGAAAGACCUUGUAUCACCAAUGAUAAAAAUUGCCUUGUUGAGCUCAGGAAAAAUGGGUCAGGAGAAAAAAUUAUCUGCCACAUGAAUAAAAUUUUGGAGCACCAGCAGUACUUGGAAACUCCUAGUGACACUUCCUCAGAGACAAGGCUUAGUAGGGAUCACGGCACCACAAUCAGUUCCACCACCUCUGAAUCAGAUGUGGUGACCCAAACAGAGAUGGAAACUGCUACUCAGACUGAGGAGAGCAGUUCCAUUUCCACCAUUGAUACUGCCAGGCUGAUCAGGGCUUUUGGGCAUGAAAGAGUGCAGGUGUCACCAAGACUCUCCCAGCUUUAUCAUACCAUCAACCACCAGAAGAGUCGCUCUGAAAAGCGGGACAAGGGAAGUGGCAAAGCAGUGGGUGUAGAAUAUCCAAAGGUUACUUCCGAGAGACACAGGAAAAGGAAAGAGAUCCAGAAGGCGGUCUCCCUUUCAUCGGAUUUACCUUCUGCAAGCAGCAGUUCAUGGGGGCCAAGCUCUGCUCUUAGUAACAAGCGGCGGACACGGAUGCUAAACAAAGGUAUCCAAGCAGGAGACUUGGAGAUUGUGAACAGUGCAACUAAGAAAAACACUCGAGAUGUUGGUGUGACUUUUCCUACCCCAAGAUCUAGCCAGCCAAAUCAACGGCCGCAGGAACCCUGGCAUUGUGUUGAUGGGAUUUCAUGGUUCGUCCAAGCAGAAGACUUGAAAUCUGAAUCUAGGAAAGAAAACCAUUCCAAUUCCUUUUCUGGUCCUGGUCCGUCUUGGUUUGAACCAUUGACGAGCACAAAGCCUUGGAGAGAGCCUCUCCGAGAGAAGAACUGGCAAGAGCAGCAGCACAGCAACAUGAUUCAGCCAGCAGUUCCAGAAAGAGAUGCUGAGAACAGGUCCUCGCGGCCGCUCGUGAAGCUUACGCUACAGGAGGCUCUUGCAGUGCAUCGCCCUGAUUUCAUCUCCCGCUCUGGAGAGCGUGUGAAGCAUCUGAAGCUUGUAAUGGAGGAGAGGAGGAUACAGAGCGUACUGCAGUCUGAACGAGAAGAGCUAUUUAAUCCUCCGGAGAAAAGAAGGGGCUACAGGAAUGCAAGUCACGUGCAGUCCGACAGAGGUUUGCUGAUUAGAGAAAAGAGAAGAACAAUUCCAAAGAGUGAAAUGGUUCAAAGAUCUAAACG